UCUCCUCGUGUCCCCUUGUGUGGUGGGAGCCUGGAACCAGCCCCCUCCUCCGGUCCCAGUGCAGGCAGGAGGGAACCAGCCAGGGGUGGGCUGGGAGGAGAGUCCUGAGGGGUCACGGUUCUUUUAUGAGCUGUUAUUCCUAUUUAGCAGAGGACGUGAGCUCUGUGCUGCCUCUGCAUUCCCAUCAUUUUGGAAGGAUCAAGGCAAGGAUCUACACAGCAGUGUAGAUCCAUAUUAGGAUUAUUAGUCCUGGUGGAGUUUGGGGUUCAGAUAAGGGGGUUGUGAGCACACCAGAGAGGAGUAAGUUUGUCUGAGGUCUUUCGUAUUCAGGAGCCAAUGGGAGAAUGAAAGGAGAAAUCACACCAGCAGUCUGUAAAUCUAGCAAAGUGGAUUUGGUGCCAGGAGCAUGCAGCUGUCAGACAGCCCCAGAGAUUGGCAGUGCUGCAUCCCUGGGUGAGGGGUGCUGGGCAGCCCCCACCUCCCACUCAGUGCCCUGGGAGGGACACACAGCUGGCAGUAGCACUCGCUGGGGCUGCACAGAGAGGGGGGGCCCUGGGGGUCAGCAGUGGGCUGUACCAGAUGGGAUCCCACAGCAUUGCUCUGCAGCCUUUCCUAAUUUGGGAGGCUGGGUUGGUAUCAGCAACAGUGAGGGCUGUGCACGAGUCCUGCUGCUACUGAGGUACUGAGUGGGAGAGAGCAUUGGGAGCGGUUUGGGCUGCUGGCCAAAAGGAAAAUUACAUUCCAGGUCAGACAUGAGGUUUACUUUUACCUGUAGAGGAGUGGGUUUGGUCCCUACGUUGUCUAGAUAAAAGCACAGAGAUUUCAAAACAACAAAUGAAACAACAUCUUUGUUUCAGUAUUGUCCUCCAUGCAGAAGGAUUUGACAGCAAUUUAUAAAUAGAUAUUGCUAAAACAAACAGCACCCUGUGUGAAGCAACAAGAUUGUUAGUAAAGAGAUGCCUCCAUGCAGCCCCAAACCAGCAGAACCUCAUUGCAAAGCUGUGCCUGGCAUUGCACAGACUUGGGCUGUGCGUGUGCAACCUGGGUGCUUUGGGAGCCUUGCUGGGAGCUCAGUUCCUCCUUCAGCCCUCACAGUGUCAGUGCAUCUCUAGGUCGACUGCAGGAAUUUUCUAAAUCUGGAGCUUUCUGGGACAUGGUUCAGUGGGAGCAGGCGGCCUCCUUGCCAGGGGCAGAGUGUGUCCCAGCUGCUCACCUUCGUGCAGGUCCUCCUCUGCACUGGAAGGAUCAGUUCAGUGUUGGCAUGCUGGGAAACAACAGUGGUGUUUGGCACUCGCACUGAGGGCUGCAGCAGGGAGGGUGAGAAGGAUGGGUGGCAGUUCUAAUGUUUUGGUGCUGCAUGGCAAGCAAGGCAUUGCCGUGGUGGCAGUCAGCCCCUUCCUAAAGGAAAAGUGCAUUCUUAGAAGCCCAGUCUACCUGUGAUUUGUCUCCCUAGUGUUUCUUUUGUGGUGUUUUUUUUUCUUUCAUGCAGGGGCUGUGUUGACCUUUCCCAGGGAUGCUUUGCACACCUCUGCCACGUGUAGCACACUGAGGCCACCCAGCGGGUCCUACUGUUGUAGCCUGGGGAGGGUCAGAGCGUGUGAGCAAAGAGGGUGCCAGAAUCCACCACGGGCAGCCCGGAGAGUGCGCAGCCAUUUGAUCAGUCCUCCUGGGUUCAUGCUGGGGUUCAGACAGCUCUGCUGAUCCACAGACCAGCCCCGCCAGCCCUGAGCGAGCCGGCUCUUUGUGUUGCAGAGACGGGCGGCUCGCUGGGCCAUAGCUCUGCCCAUGAGCUGAAGGCAAUGCAGGAGUGGAUGGAGGGCACUGAAGGAGCUGCAGGUGGUGCCAGCAGCUGAGGAGUGUGAGUCCUGCUGUCCCCGCUCGCCCCUGCUCCUGCCACACUGGGACCGCCUGCAGCACAGCGCAGCCGAGCGCCGGGGACGAUGGUGGUGGGAGAAGACCAUGGCAUCAGGCAAGGCAGGAGCGUCAGAGCCAAGCAGCCCAGCUGAGGCAGCAGAAGGCUCCGCAGAGCCCUCCUCAGUGCUGCUGGCAGCUGGGGAGGGCUUUCCGCCAGAGAUCUCACUCUUCUUCUCCAUUGAGAGCCGCUCCUCACGGUGCCCCAAUGCCCAGCUGCAGGAAGCAGCCAGAAGGAAGCUGUGGGCCUUGGAGAGUGAUGACAGACAUGUCUGUGCUCUGUUCAAGGAGCUAUCAGCCAGACUGCUGUGCAUACAGGCACAGGAAGAUCGGUUCCUUCUCACCUUCAAAACCCUGGAAGAAGUCUGGAAGUUUUCCACGUAUGUAACUUUAGGCUAUGUAGGCCGCUGCUUGGAGCAGCUUCUCUUUGAGCAGGAGUACUGGCUGAACUGUGCACUGGUGGAGGACACGGAGAUCAGAGUGUCCAUGGACGAAAAUCGCUUGGCCACCAUAUAUCUGGGUCUGCUGCUCCAGGAAGGUCACUUUUUUUCCAGAGCAAUGCCUGGUGCAUGCCAGCCAGAAAGGGAGGGAGAGGAAGGCCUGCAGUUCUGCAGGAAUGAGCUGGUCCAUGUGAAGAACAUUGGAGAGGAUUCCAAAUGGGAAGGGAUGUCCUUGCUGACAGGCCAUCGAGGCCUGGUGCCUGUGACUGCCCUAGAGCCGGUACCUCACCCAUUCUACCAGUGGUUCCUGAGGAAUUACGCCAUGAGUUUUGGCAUCUCCAAGGAGAUCAGUGAGUCAACCUCUCAGCCGAUUGUCAAAGGCAAGUGCACAGCCACAGUGGAUCACAGAGGAGCAGCAUGGGAUGAACUGAGUUUCUCCAAGGGAGACAGCAUAGAAGUCAUUGGCUUCCUCCUCCCAGGACUCCCGUGGUUUGUGGGCAGAUCUUCAAGCAAUGGGAACAUCGGCUUUGUCCCAGUGCAAUCCGUAAAUGCUGAGGCUUGUGAAUCUCUAGAAAAGGGAUUGGUGUUUCUGAGCGAAGAAGAAAACUUGCCCCUCCUGCGCAUCCCCUGCAAUGGUGGUGAGCAGCACUUUGCCACCCUCCUCGGCGAGCUGGCACGCACUGACAUCACUUCUGUGUACCGCCUGGAUGGUUUUGAACCCACAGCCAUGUUCCCGAAAGCGCCAUCAGAGGCUGUUCUCCAUGGCUGUAAGGACACCCAGUUGCUCCAGUCCUGGGAGGAGAUAAACAGCUUGGUCACAGCUAGCACCUCGGAGCAGUCCAGCCCAGGGAGUGAGUCAGUGCCUGCUACAUGGGAAGAUGUUCUCCUGGACAAGCUGAAUGAUUUUGAUGAUCCCAAGUUCUUCAUUGACCUGAAUGCUGGCCACAUGGAAGAUGCUGAUGUCUUUGAACCCAUACUGACCUUCCUUAACCAAGACAGUUAUAUGCUCUGUUAUCAAAGCCUCUAUGAUCUCAGUUUCUCCUUUCUCAACUCCACUUUUUAUGGUUUCUCUGAUGAGGAUGAACUGGUCUUGUACCUUGAGACAUCCAGGAACUGGGCCAAGAGGACUCAUUCAGUUUGGGCCCAUGUCAGGCUCUGUUUCCUCUUGGGUAAGCUCUGUAUGAAAAAAGUCAAGUUCUCCCAGGCUCGAGUCUAUUUUGAGGAAGCCAUGAGCACCCUGGGCAGGGGCCUUGGGGACCUGCCCCUGCUGGCUGCCUUGCACGUGAACCUUGCUUCCAUCUACCUGAAACAGAACAUGAAGAGCAAGUUCUUCUCCUUGCUGGGAAAAAUGGUGGCCUUGCUUGUCUGCUUGCCCGGCCGCUCCUUCAGCUCUGAGCACGAGCUGAGGGUCAUGAUGUACGUUCUGAGGGAGGCCAUUGCUGUGGGGAACACUCCUCUGGAAGCACGGGUCUGCUUCCUUAUCGUCAAGCUCUUCCUCCAGCUGGGAAAAAAUGACGAAGUACUGCCCUUUAUUGAGCACCUUCAAUGUCUCUGCACCACUUCACUCAGCCUGGAUGCUAGUGCUGUGCCGCUGGAUGCCACCCCCAUCCUGAGCUAUCUGUAUGACAAGAAGUACUUGCCAAACAUUGCACUGGCAUCUGCCAGGUCUUUUGUUCCCAGUGGCAUCAAAGGGGCACCAACGCCCAUUUGGAAAGCUGGCUUCAUCCUCCAAAAUGUGUCCAAGCUCCUGGGAAGCCAACUGGAGAGGAGCAGCAUCCCAGCCUUGGUGUGUUCCUACCUCAAGCAAGCACUGCACUUCUCCUGUGAGAGCAGAGCAGUGACCACCCAGAGGACUCUGUGCACUGUUUUGUCCCGGAUGUACCUCCAGCACGGUGUGCUGGACGGGGCGGUGUGCUAUGCAGCCCAGGCAGUGGUUUUCAGCAGGCUGAUAGGUGAGGAGGAGGCUUUUGAGUCCUCCCUCUCUCUGGGGUGGAUGUACCUUCUGAGCAGCCAACCAGGCCCGGCCGCAGACAUCAUGGGGCAGCUCCUACAUUCCCUGCACGGGACAGACAGUGUGACUCAAGGUGGAGCGGUGCACAACCUCCUCGCCAUUGCCCUCAGAGGAGCAGGGCAGGUGCAGGAGGCCACAGAGAACUACAUCCGGGCGCUGCACAAAGCCAAGGAGACUGGGAACAAGAGGAAUCAGGCUGUCGCCCUGGCCAACCUGGGGCGGCUGAGCCAGUCGUGUGGGGCGAGUCAGCUGUCUGAGCUCUACCUGCUGCAGGCUGCCCAGCUGUAUGCUGAGCUGCAGGGCAGCGAGGAGCUGGAGCUGGAGUCGGUGCACGUGCUGCUGUGGCUGGCACAGGCCAUGGUCAGCAGGCGGAAGAUGGAAGAUGGCAAACUCUGUUAUGAACUUGCGCUGGUUUUUGCCCUGAAGUGGCACAACAUGAGGAGUCAGCUUCAUGUCACUGAGGCACUCUGCCAUUUCUACAGCCAAGUGUGCCCCAGCCUCCAGGCCUGCAUUACCUACCAUGAGCACCGGGUCUCCUUGGCACAGAAACUCCAGGACAGAGAGCUAGAAGGCAAUGUCCAGCAGACCCUCAGCCAACUCUAUCAGGCUUUGGGCACCCCUGAGGCUUUGAGACAGUCGCUGGACUGCACCAAACAGAGUCUGAGGAUCUUCAUUGACCUUGAGGAGACAGGCAAGGCAGCAGAGGCCUGGCUGCAGGCAGGAAGGCUGUACUAUCUCAUGCAGGAAGACGAGCUGGUGGAAAUGUACUUUCAGGCAGCUAUUGAGACUGCUCUGAAAGCUGAGAACUUCUCCUUGGCCAUGGAUCUCUAUGAAAAAGCAGGCGAUAACUUUUUUAAUGGCAACCGGCACAGAGAUCGAGCAGUGGAGUUUUACAGGGGCGGUGCAGUGCCCUUGGCCAGGAAGCUGCAGGCCAUUGAGACAGAGCUGCGGCUGUUCAAUAAGCUGACGGAGCUGCAGAUCGGGCUGCAGGGCUAUGAGAAGGCGCUGGAGUUUGCCACGCUGGCAGCCAGGCUGAGCAUCAGGGUGGGAGAUCAAUUGCAAGAGCUGGUUGCAUUCCACCGCCUGGCUACAGUCUACUAUUUUCUGCAGAUGUAUGAGAUGGCUGAAGAUUGCUACCUGAAGACACUUGCCCUGCAUCCCCCCAUGCUGCAGUGCUCUGGAGAAGCCCUGUACUACUGCAAGGUGUAUUGCCACCUUGGCAACCUGACCCUGCACAAGCUGAAGGAUGAACAGGACGCAGCAGCCUACUUCCUCCUGGCCCUCGCUGCAGCCAUUGAGCUGGGAGAUGUGGAGUUGCAGGGCCUCAUUGGUGCCAAGCUGGCCAACAUCUCCAGAGCCCUGCAGCGACCCAUGGAUGUGCCAGGCUGUGCCACGUACCGGGCCAGGUGGCUGAGUGAAGGAGGCCACGUUGUCUGAUCAAAUGGACGUGUCACCAUGAGAUGCUCAUGAUCCACAUGUUCUCCAGAAGCAGCAAUCAGCAAAGGUCCUGCCACCAGCAGCGUUUUGGUUUCUUGUGCCCAUCACAUGAGGGACUUGAGGCCCUGCCCACAUUUAUGUGUGCAUGGCACUGCAGGCAGAGCGGGGCAGGAUGAGGCCCCAGCAGCUGGUGCUGGAGCAGGAGUGCAGUUGUGUGUGAUGGGGAUGAUAACAAGGUGCUGCCCAUCCCCACCUGGGACUCUGACCCGAGCGUGUAUUAACUGGAAUAGCAGCUCUUUAUUUAUCCUGGCUGUUUUCUGUGCUGUCUGCCCCGUGCGGUCUGUGCCCCGCACUGUGAUACAAAGCACAGCCGCCCUCCCGCAGCAGGAGGCAGGGAUAGGGACGGGAAAACACAGCGUUCGGGGCGGGAAGGGGAAGGCAGCCCGGAGGCAGCGAGGCGGCCGCUCACCGCCAGGGAGCAGCCGAGCCCCGCGAUUGCAGCUCGGACCGAAGGCUGGCAGCCCGCUGGGGCUUCACAAAGGGGCCUCUUGCAAGGCACCCCGUCUGACUUACGUGGUCCGCUGCUUGUAAAUGCUGAACGCAGGACAUUUAUUUCCUCGCUGCACUUUGAAAACGCUGAUUUCAUUUUCCCCUUUCAAACUGUGUGAGCAUCUGUCA